UCUUCCCAUGACAUCAGUAAAUGAAAGCACUCUACAGAUGUUGAAACAAGUGAAACAUGAUCCUUCUAUAGAAUUAACUGAACCACAUCGGCCACCUCUAUUCUGCCUCUACACGCCUUUUCACACCAGAUCGAGCACUACAAGUAUUACAUUAGAAGGAUUCCCACCUGACUUACUCCAGUCAGGAUAAAGACUGAACUCAGGCAUUAUGGAGUUGCAGCUCACUCUCAUGUUCUUUCUGAUGUCAACACUUUUAACUGCAGUGUGGUCCCUGGCCUGCUGUUGUUGUCCAGCAGACUGCAGACCCACCAGAGAUGUGGACGAAAUGGAAUGUUUUGCUUGUGUUUAUGCUAAAAUCAUUUGUCAUUCUAUGGAAGAGGAAAGAAUUGCAUACGGUUGCAGAGAAGAAAUACCCCUGUGUAUGAGGAGUCUUCUGCCAUGUAAAGAGUGUGACUGUCCAUUGUGGAUGGCUGGGAGGUCUCCGAAAAAGUGCAAGUGUGGUGUGCUGCAUUUGUGCUGUGUUUCUAGAAUUAUGGAAUUACACUGCAACACAUCUCUCAAUUUGAAGAAAUGUCUCAGCCGAUUUGGAAAAGUCCUCCCAUGCAUCUUGAAAUGUGCCAGUGAAGAGUGUUGUCUGUCUUCAGAAAUUGGGGACCAUGUUGAUUCCAAGGCAUGCCUCCCUUGGUGUAUCUGUGCACAGAAACAUAAGCCUGAACUGGGUACCAUCUGUAUGGAUCGGUUCUGCUGUGAGACAGUUCCGCCAAACAGAGACAUAAGAACCGGACAGAACCUACAGGCCUUACUGGCACCUUUGGCACUCGUUUUUCUCCUGUCGUGAUCUUUCCUUUUCCCCUAUUUCUUUCCUUGUCUUUCUCUGAUCUCUCCAUAUUUUCAUGGACCAUCAUGUUCUCAAUUUUUGUUAUGUUCUUUCUGUGAACUAUAUUCCUUUGCCUGACAACAUGCUCCAUUCCUGAAUUUUCUCUAUGGUUAUACGUUAUAAUGAUGUGCACAUAGAAUGCUUUACAGUUUUUGGUAACAGUGCAACUUGGG